AUGACCACGGAUAUACCCUCGUCAUUGGCUAAAUCAUUGAGCACGCACAUUUUAAACACAAUUAAACAAGCACGUAACUCGAACCCCGAACAAAUUAAAUACUACAAUCUCGACGAGAGGAUUGUGACCAGGAACAUUUCACAUAUAAUCGACUUGUUUAUGAACCGCACUGUUAACUUUAAUGAGCAAGCAUGUCUUAAAGUACGGGAACGGGAUAUGGGCCGGGAGUUGAUGAACAACUGUUACGCCGAAAUGGCGUCCCUUAUAAGGGAUACCAUCGCCAGAGACUACGUGACAGUCGUGUGCGAGAAGGCCAACUGUGUGACAGCCUUUUUCAAUCGUCCAGCAGUUAUAUAUAAGAAUGGUCAGGCCAGAGAACCGAUAUCUGUGGGUACAGUACAACUCUAUUGGAAAGUCCUAGUGCUGCCCGUGAGGCACAGGUGUGAUGACUCGGCCAGUGGGUAG